AUGUUGAGAACUGUGAAACCACGCAAUGCUAGGUCAAAACGGGCUUUGGAGGCUCGUGAAGCCAAGGAGGUCGAAGAUGUUCGAACAGCGAUAUUUGUAAAGGGAACUCAUACAGGGGAGAUUGUGAACGGUGUGAUGAAAGAGCUGAUGGCACUCAAACGACCAGACACAAUAUCGUUCUCGAAGAAAAACACCAUUCACCCCUUUGAGGACGCUUCGUCCCUUGAAUUUUGGGCGGGCAAAAAUGAUGCGUCCAUGUUCCUCGUGGGCCAGUCUACGAAAAAGAGACCUGCAGGUCUUAUCAUCGCGCGUACAUUCGACUCGAGACUACUAGAUAUGUGCGAACUUGGAGUAGACAAGUUCGUUAGCAUGGCAGAGUUUAAAACACCAAAAUCAACACCAGGACAUAAGCCCAUGAUGCACUUCGCAUCAGAACUAUUCGAUACCCAUCCACGAUUUGUUCAAGUAAAAUCCUUGCUCAUGGAUCUCUUCAAUGGAGAAGUCAUCGAUUCGAUAUGUUUGCCAGGAUUGGAGCAUGUUAUCAGCGUUAGCGUCGGGCCUGCUCCCUCGCUACAAACAGUAAAUCCUAUUCUAGGCGACUCCCAGGAAGAGGACAUCCAAAAUCUACCCAAAAUCCAUAUACGGACAUACACCGUGAAACUACUUCCGUCGGGAACGCGUGUACCACGAGUUGAAUUGACGGAAAUGGGCCCUUUCCUUGACCUAUCACUGAGACGCCAUCAAGCCGCUGAUCCAGAGAUGUGGAAGGCUGCUAUGAGACGACCAAAAUUGAAGAAGCAAGACCUGGAGAAGGGUCUUGGAAAGAAGAAGAAAAACAUGGAAGUGGACGAAAUGGGCGACUUGAGGGGACGGCUGCAUAUCGCGAAGCAAGAUCUCAACAAGCUCCAAACGCGGAAGAUGAAAGGCUUAAAGAGUAUACCGGUGGAAGAGGAUGGGAGUUCAGACGGCGGCGAGCAGGAGGAGGAACCUCGACAGAAAAAGCGAAAGUGGGAUUAA